AUGAUAGGCGAAAACAAAAGCGAUGGCGAAGGAAAUGCCCCCAGGCUUUCACUCGAAAAUGGCGGUUCAGAAAGCUACCAGAUCGACCCAACGCAGGAGAGAAAGCUCCUGAGGAAGCUCGAUUUGACAUUCAACCCAGUUUUUAUGUUUGUCUAUCUGACAUGCUUUCUUGAUCGUAGUAACAUCGGGAACGUCAAAGUUGCCGGCAUCAUCCCGGAUAUCCACACCAAUACUACGAGUUUUGCAACGGCGAUUUCGAUAUUCUAUGCAACCUACAUUGUGAUUGAGAUUCCUACCGCAAUAGCUAUGAAGUUGGCAACGCCUCAACUUCUAUUGUCCGGUCUCUGUGUCGUCUGGUCGGUAACUACACUUUGCACGGGGUUCAUUCAGAGUAUUUCUGGGCUCUAUGUUGCACGCUUGGUGCUGGGUCUCUGCGAAGGCGGCCUCAUGCCAUGUCUGAACCUCUAUUUGUCAAUGGUCUAUAAACGAGAUGAGCUGGCAACUAGAACUGCGUACUUGUUCGGUUGCGCUGCUCUCUCCGGUGCCUUUGGUGGUCUUCUUGCCUACGGGCUGCUACAGAUGGAUGGGAUGUCAGGAUAUGCUGGCUGGAGAUGGGUUUUCAUUAUUGAAGGCGUGAUGAGUGUAGUCAUUGUACCAAUUAUUUGGUUUGGACUACCAAGCGAUCCCAGCAAUGCGUUUUUCCUGAAUUCGUCCGAGCAGGAGAUAAUGAGAGUGCGCGACGCGCAGAGAGCGGAAUAUAUGGGAAGCCAGGAGUUCAGUUGGCAGGAGGUUAAACUCGCGUUUUGCGAUCCACAGAUAUACAUCAGCGGCGUUAUUCAGUUCUGCCAGGAUAUCCUCCUUUACGGAUUUUCCACCUUCCUCCCAUCAAUCUUAAAAUCCAUGGGCCACGAUGAACUCCACUCAAAUUAUUUAACAAUCCCGGUCUAUAUCUGGGGCGCACUUAUAUUUGUGGCUGUUGCUCGUAUCUCAGACAGGUGUCGGGUUCACGGCGUAGCUAUAUUAAGUACCAAUACCGUCGGCAUUGUCGGGUAUAUACUCUUGCUGACAGUAAAUACGGGGGGUGUGCGGUAUUUUGCCACGUUUUUAUGCGUUUCGGCCGUCUACGUUGGUCCUGGUCUCAAUCUUGCGUGGUUAAAUGCCAAUAACGCACCCCACUACAAGCGAGCAGCAGCAAUAGGGAUCCAGCAGUCAAUUGGCAACUCCGCUGGUAUAGUUGCUGGCCAGAUCUACCGCACUGCUCCCUAUGUUCUGGGCAAUGCUUUCUCCCUUGGUGCGUUAUGUGUGUCGCAAGUAACGAUUGUUACGCUCGUCCUUUACCUCAGGAGACAGAAUACUGUCAAGCAAAAGAUAGCAAGCGGCUCUAUGGAAGACCCAAGCCAGGAGAGGUCUGGGGACGCUACUUUAGACUUUGUAUACCAUCUUUAG